AUGUUGAACGAUUCGAGAAUGAGAAAGUCUCCAAAAGAAAUCGUAUCUGAUUAUGCAAUUGUAUACGGAAUAAAAUCAUUCGACCCAUUCUUCUGCAUUUAUUCCGUUCAGUCGUUGGAUUUCGAUUCGAUGAAAUCCACAAUGUCUAUAGUCACAAAUCCAAAGGACGAGAGUGAAUAUAUUCCGAAGAACGUGCUGGAAGAAGUAAUAAAAAUUAGUUUUAAAGCGUUUUACUCUUACCAUACCAAGACUCAAUGCUUCGAUUGGUUCACAGAUGAUUAUUGUUUUACACAUUACCCGGCUCAUUUGGAACAUGGAGGGACUGCACAGGUCGAGGUAUUCUUCGAAUCUAUACGGAAGGGAGUAUUUCUAUCGAAGGGUAAGAUAAGUUCAAUCACCGACUCGACAAGCUCUACUUACACACAAACACUUGUAGUUGGAGAAGGACGAAUACACAUGUUGAAAUUGAACCCGCCGACUGGCAUAAUAGAAAAUGAGAACGUGUCGGUGAUGGAUAUUGAGAGAGAAGAUUCCGAAGAAACUAACCCAUCUCCAGAUGAUAGACAAGAAAUCGGAGAACAAAAUGAUAGAACAAUUGGGAAUGAUUUUGAUGAUGUGCCUCUGCAAUCUUCUGAAAAUGAAAUAGGAGAAAGCCUUCGUAAAACUCCUCGAGAAUCCCCUCCAGAAGAAGACGCUCUUGUUGAUAUUUCGAUGAGAUCCGAAUCCAGUGAAUCAUCAGACUGGAAUAAUCCAGAAAACCCUUUUUUGGAUGAUGAUAAUAAUAGCGUCCGAGUUCGCAAUACCGAGCACAGUGAAAAGUCAUCGUCUUGA